AGUCGCUAUGGUGACGGAGGUCGGGAGGCUUCUUGGCAACUGGUCCCAGCUCUGCGAGAGCAGUCGCCGCCACUUUCCCGGGUCUUAGGGUCAAUCUCUUCAACUGCAACGGGGUGAGGAAAGGGUUUGGAAGUUGUGGCCAUCACUGGAUCCCACUUUCCUCCUUAGAGGUGAAUACAAUCAAGUGGCAUUUUAAAAUUUUGCUGGAAAGUGAAGACAUGAGACUGAAGAUAUCUCUUUUAAAAGAACCAAAGCAUCAAGAAUUGGUAAGCUGUGUGGGCUGGACUACUGCUGAAGAACUGUAUUCAUGUAGUGAUGACCAUCAGAUAGUGAAGUGGAACUUGUUAACCAGUGAAACAAGUCAAAUAGUAAAGCUUCCUGAUGAUAUCUACCCGAUAGAUCUGCAUUGGUUUCCAAAAAGUUUAGGCAUAAAGAAACAAACUCAAGCAGAAAACUUCGUUCUCACAAGUUCUGAUGGUAAAUUUCAUCUGAUUUCUAAGUUAGGAAGAGUGGAAAAAACUGUGGAAGCUCACUGUGGAGCAGUGCUUGCUGGAAGGUGGAACUAUGAAGGAACAGCGUUAGUUACAGUUGGAGAAGAUGGACAAAUAAAAAUCUGGUCAAAGACUGGGAUGCUAAGAUCAACUUUAGCUCAGCAAGGAACACCAGUGUAUUCAGUAGCAUGGGGCCCUGAUUCGGAAAAGGUUCUUUACACAGCAGGCAAGCAGCUGAUCAUUAAACCUCUUCAACCAAAUGCUAAAGUUUUACAGUGGAAAGCUCAUGAUGGCAUUAUUUUAAAAGUAGAUUGGAACUCAGUUAAUGAUCUAAUUUUAUCUGCUGGUGAAGACUGUAAAUAUAAGGUGUGGGACAGUGACGGUCGCCCUCUGUACAGCUCACAGCCUCAUGAGCACCCCAUUACCUCAGUUGCCUGGGCCCCAGAUGGAGAAUUAUUUGCUGUUGGAUCAUUUCAUACUUUACGCUUGUGUGAUAAAACUGGGUGGUCCUAUGCUUUAGAGAAGCCCAGCACUGGCAGCAUCUUUAACAUUGCCUGGUCGGUUGAUGGCACUCAGAUCGCCGGAGCCUGCGGAAAUGGACAUGUUGUUUUUGCACACGUGGUGGAGCAGCGCUGGGAGUGGAAGAAUUUUCAAGUAACAUUAACUAAAAGAAGGACCAUGCAGGUUCGCAAUGUUCUUAAUGAUGCAGUGGAUUUACUGGAAUUCCGUGAUAGAGUCAUUAAAGCAUCUUUGAACUAUGCACACUUAGUUGUUUCAACGUCUCUUCAAUGUUACGUAUUCUCUACAAAGAACUGGAAUACACCACUUAUAUUUGAUCUCAAAGAAGGAACUGUUAGUUUAAUUCUUCAGGCAGAAAGACAUUUUCUUCUUCUAGAUGGUGGUGGUAUUUAUUUGUAUUCUUAUGAAGGGCGCUUCAUUUCUUCUCCAAAAUUUCCUGGAAUGAGAACAGAUAUUCUGAAUGCACAGACUGUGUCUCUGAGUAAUGAUACCAUAGCAAUAAAAGACAAAGCUGAUGAAAAAAUAAUCUUUCUCUUUGAGGCAUCAACUGGAAAACCAUUAGGUGAUGGGAAGCUUCUUUCACAUAAGAAUGAAGUUUUGGAAAUUGCUCUGGAUCAAAAGGGACUUACCAAUGAUAGAAAAAUUGCUUUCAUUGAUAAAAAUAGAGAUCUCUAUAUCACCUCAGUGAAACGAUUUGGGAAGGAAGAACAAAUUAUCAAACUGGGAACAAUGGUGCAUACUUUGGCAUGGAGUGAUACUUGCAAUAUCCUUUGUGGACUUCAAGAUACUCGCUUUACAGUGUGGUAUUACCCCAAUACGGUUUAUGUGGACAGAGACAUUUUGCCUAAAACAUUAUUUGAAAGGGAUGCAAGUGAAUUUAGUAAAAAUCCCCAUAUUGUAAGUUUUGUUGGAAAUCAGGUAACUAUAAGAAGAGCUGAUGGCUCCCUGGUUCACAUCAGCAUAUCACCGUAUCCUGCCAUUCUCCAUGAGUAUGUAAGCAGUUCUAAAUGGGAAGAUGCUGUAAGACUUUGUCGCUUUGUUAAGGAACAAACCAUGUGGGCUUGCCUAGCUGCUAUGGCAGUUGCUAAUCGAGAUAUGACUACUGCAGAAAUAGCCUACGCAGCAAUUGGUGAAAUUGAUAAGGUUCAAUACAUCAAUUUUAUAAAAGAUCUUCCAUCUAAAGAAUCAAAAAUGGCCCACAUAUUAAUGUUUAGUGGGAACAUGCAGGAAGCUGAAAUAGUACUUCUUCAGGCUGGUCUUGUUUAUCAAGCCAUCCAGAUCAAUAUUAAUCUCUACAACUGGGAAAGGGCACUUGAAUUGGCUGUAAAAUACAAAACACAUGUUGAUACAGUUCUUGCUUACCGUCAAAAGUUUUUGGAGACAUUUGGUAAACAGGAAACUAAUAAACGAUACGUGCAGUAUGCGGAAGGCCUCCAGAUAGACUGGGAGAAGAUCAAAGCCAAAAUUGAGAUGGAAGUUGCUAAAGAACGAGAACGAUCAUCAAGUAACCAGUCCAGUCAGAAUACAGGUCUGAAGCACUAACGUACGCACCUUUAAGAAGGUCUACCUUUUGAGGCUAAUUCUGAUUAACCAAGGAUAAGCAUGUUUUCGUUGCUAAAGAAAAAGGCAAAAUCUUUAAGUAUAAGCACUUACUGUAUAUUUAAUACUAAAAGUAUAUUCAGAAAGACUAAGCACAAAAUCAUUGACAUAAUUUCAUCUUUUAUAUUUUUUAGUCCAAUAAUUAGCAAAAUAGGCCUAUAUAUUUAUGAUCCACCUGUGUAUGUUGCUUACAUUCCUGUGUUUUACCCGUUAUUUUAUCCCUGAAUCUUUCAGCAGGAAUAAAUAUUAAUGCUGAUAAUAAAACAUUGGACUCUUUAACAUGUUGCUAUCAUUAAUUUCUAUUUCACCUCUAAAUCAUAAAGUGCUCCAAAAGUUUAGUUAUACAACAAAAAUACGUGAGGAUGAAUUUAUGAAAAUAUAUAACGAUACAUGUACUUGUACACCAAUGUUCAUAGCAGUGUUAUUUGCAGCAGUAAAAAGGUGGACAAAAAAGAUAUCUGUCAACAGAUGAAUGGAUAAACAAAGCAUUAUACACAUACAGUGGAAUGUUAUUCAGCCUCAAAAAGGAAUGAAAUUCUGACACAUGCUACAAAAUGGAUGAACCUUGAAAAUAUUAUGCUAAGUGAAAUAAGCCAAACACAAAAGGUCAGAUAUUGUAUGAUUCCACUUAGAUGAGGGACCUAGAUCAGGCAAGUUCACUGAGGCAGAAAGAACAGUGGUUGCCAGGGGCUGGGGGGAGCGGCACACGAGGAGCCAGCGUCUCACAAGUUCGGGAUUCCUGUUUGGGAUGAACGACUUCUGGGAGUGGAGAGAGGGGCUGCUUGCACAGCAUUGUGAAUGUCCUUUAUGCCACUGAACUGUACGCUUAAAAAUGGUUAAAAUGGUAAAUUUUCUAUAUAUUUUACCAUAAUUUUAGAAAUAUAUCUAGAAUCGGCAAGAAAUCCUCAUUCAUCUUCUGGCUUGAGAAUGUUCAGGCGCUAGGCCCUGGAGUCUGAAUUUGUGAAAAUCUCCUUAAAUGACAAACCUGUUUGACUAGCCUUAAUUCAGUAUGUCCCCAAAUUAUUAUUACCACAAAAGCUUUUUAACAUUAACACAAAUACUCCUUAGAAAGUCUUCCGCGACGCCGUUUUUUGGAAAUGGUAUACUGGUGAAUGGAUAUAUGCAUAUGCAUGAGAAACUGGUUACUUCUCUCACCUCCAUUUUAAUUAAUAUAUCCAGGUUUUGAUUAUGCAAGUGUUCCUGUCUUUUCAACAUACUCCUUUUCUUUUCUGGAGUGUUGUAAUAUUCUGUUCUUCAUCCAGAUGCUGGGUAUGAGGGUGUGUUCUGUUUGUGAAAUACUAUUGAGCAGUUUACUUAUAAGUUGUACCUACAAGUUUAUAUAUGUUUUCUAUAUUAUGUUAUAUUUCAAUAAAAAGUUUAAAA